GGUAUAUGUUCAUCAUAAUCAGGUAAUGAUCGGGGGAGGAAUACUAUGUGAUAUUCGCAAUACCCAAGCAUGUAGCAGAUCCUUCAAACCAGAAUAUGAAAAGGUUAAUAUUUAUUUCGUGGAUGGAUCUUUCCUUGUAUGGGAAGCUGAAACAGCGAUAUUUCUUCGGGAGAAAUUUGGUGUUAGUGGUGUUUUAGUAGGGACCUUACAGAAGCCACGACAGAACAGAGCAUUGGGCCUGCCUCUCGAAAUCAUGAAAGAGGAAGCGAUUGUUCUGCACAGGGAGGGCGUAGUUAAUAUUGUUAAACAAAAAGACAUGCCAGUAGUUGGUUCUGAAGAAAAGUAUGCUGAUUAUUUAGCAAAGUCUUACAAGGAACAGAAUGAGUUUUUGCAGAAUAAAAUUUUUAGUAAGUCUCAGAAGUUUGUUCAGGAUCCUGUGGAAGAGCCUGUACAUUUGAAUCUGAGUGGAAAAAUUGAUAUUGAUAACCCACCUUAUCAUUUACAAAGGGUUUUUAAUAGGCAAUCUAGAGAAUUUUGGUCCCAAAGUUUCGGUGAUAUCAACGAAUUUGAAUUGUCUGAAUCUGAAAAAAUGCGCCUUAUGGUCCUUCAAGAUCUUCGUCACAGAAACUAUUUAAUCACUUCAGGAUCAAAAUUUGGUGGAGAUUUUCUCGUUUACCCUGGAGACCCAUUAGUGUUUCAUGCAUAUUUCAUAGUUAAAGUUGUCCCCAAGGGUUUCAGAAUGAAAGCCAAUGAAUUGUUAGCUUUUUCCAGACUGGCAACAUCCGUUAAAAAGGUAGCUGUUUUGGGGACAGUGGACGGCUCAAAUGUUUCCUACAUCAGUUUACAGUGGUCUGGAUUGAAAUGAACAAGAUUAUAUUUUUGCAUUUGAGGAUCUGUAUUUUGAGAUAAAUUUUGAUGGUUGUUUAUUUCUUCCUGGGUAUUAGUAGCAUGAUUUGUAAAACU